UUACAAGUUUUGGGAUAACCAAUGACCAGAAAACCUGGCAGACGACUUAACCCACUGAAAGAACCUUAGAACUUAAGAAAUCAACACACUAGAAGAAAAGAGAUGAAGAAAAGCCAUGGUUAAAUAUCUUGGUUUAGAUUACUUGAAAUUGGCUGUCAAUCGUAAACAAGAGUUCCUCAAUAAGGCUCUCAUAGCUGUACCAGAACAUCUAGAAGUAAUAGAUCUGUACACUCAUAAAGGCAGUUUUGAAGAUGAAAGAUACAGGAACCCAUGGAAAAGGGCUUCUUAUGACAGAAAAUUUCUUAGUGAAGAAAGAUGCAAAAGCUCUUGUUUUGAGGCUGCAAUACCUGAAAUAAAAAUUGGAAAAGCUGUUGAAAAGUUUGAUAGCACCAGUGAUACUGAGGAUGAAGACCUAGGAUAUUUUAAUUUGGAAGAUUUUGUUCCAAGCUUAGAAUCUGAUGACUAUGAUAUCAAUUCAAAUAAAAAUGAAACAUUGUUCCCAAAGUGUGAUGCAGAGGGUUACAGCAAACAUGACAAGAAAAACAAAAAUCUUUUCAAUGAAGUACAUCAAAAGGACAACGUACAUGAUGAUACAUCUUUCAAAUUAGAAGAAACUUUGACAGAAGAUGUAUUUAAACUGUUGAAGAGUAAUCUCCCUUCAUUGAAAUCUCUGACUGGUAGAUUACAUCAAAAUCAAGUUAAAGAUCCCCUGACAAGAAAAGAUGCUUGUAAUAUUCAGACUACAGACAAUUUAAGGCUAGGUACACCUAUAACCACAAAGAUAAAUGUUGCUGAUUGUUUGAAAGAGGAAUUUGUCAGAGUUGCAGUGGCUACAGAUGAUGAAAUGCUUAUUGAGGAAACUUUGUCACCAUUUUCCUCACCUAAAGAGGAGAAAAUGCCAGAUGAAAAUUCACUGUUGAAAGAUCUUGAAGAAAUUUCACAUAAUGAUCUGCAUAAUGAAUUAGAAUCUGGUGAGAUACCUCUUCCAGUUGUUUCAUCAGAUAUAGUCAUGAGUGAAGAAAAACUCAUGAAAGAAAAAAGGGAAACAAAUAAAGAAGAACUUUUCUUAGAAAUGAAUAAGAUAGGAGAUACAGGUGAAGAUUUUGAACAGAAAGCAUUGUUGGAUAGUCCACUUAUCAUAAACAAAUGUAGCAUAGAUGCUGACAAUUUACAGAUACAGUCAUUACUUCAUACCUUACCUAAGCUUCAGGUUCAUGAAAGUGAUAUACUUGGGUUCCUUACACCAGCUGAGAUUGAUCUAAUUAAAGGAAGAAUAUGGCAGAAAGAGAAAUACUUCAGUGAUAUUUUAUCCAUGAUAAUUGCAGAACCAGAAAUCCAAGUUUCUGUAGUUUCUAGUAUGUCUCUUCAAACCGUCAUUCAACAACAAAACUUAGUGAAAGAGGACCAUAUUGGUGAUGCAGAAUUGUCACUAAGCUGGGAUCCAGUUGGCAAAAAUGUUGUUAACAUAAAGGAACCAUGUAGCACCACUGAGAAAAUUGAUUUAGCAGUGAAAGAAAAUUUUAGUUCUGAAGUAUAUGCAAUUAAUUUUGAGAAGCUUCAGUACUCUGAUAUGCAUUGUGAGAAGGAUGAUGUCAUUGUAUUGUCCAAUACCAACACCAUAUCCAAUAUGAAAAAUAAUAAAGAAGCUCAAUUAGAAUCUGUAGAAAAUCUGCCAAUGAUUGUUUCUACCAAUGAAACUGUGAAAGGAGACACAGUGAUGCAAAAAGUAGUCUCUGCAAAUGAAGAAGACUUUGGUUUCAGUCAAAUGGAUGAUUUCUUUACUCUACGCAUUGGAGCAAAACCACAGACACAGAAAAAUGCUAUUAUUUCAACCAGGAACAAAGGAGAUGCUUCAAAAUCCAAACCUGAAAGUGAAUGUAUAGAUAGGAAAAGACCAGUAGAUAACAACAAGAUAUGGUCUGAUAUUAUAACUGUUCAACUGGGAGGUAAAUUUGAAAGUAUAGUAAGUGCUAUUGAUGAAAAGAUCUGUUACCUACUUACAUCUUUGAAGACUGCUGGUGAUGAUUUACAGAACCAAGAUUCCUCAUCCUUAAAUACAGAUUAUACAAGAUUUUUAUUGAAGCAAAAGGAGAAACAGAUGGCAGAUUCUAAAGACACAGAACAUUUAAAAGAGACCUAUAGGACAACUGUGUGCUUACAUGCUUUGUCUGGAGCAAGAGAUAUUUUAAUAAAUUACUGUUUAGAGUCAGCAAUAGCUCACCUACAAGCUGCUGAAGAUAAAUACAAGUCAUACUUGACAGGUGGAGUAGAAGACAUCAGACAGAAAUUGUUCCAACUGAGUUGUAAUUUUCAACAAAAUAACAUAUAUCAUCCAAAAAUUAUUGCAACAUGUAAAGAAGUAGAAAAAAGUUUCCAGUUUAGAAAUAAUACUGAGAAAAAGGUUUUGAUUGUUGUGAAAAGAAAGAUUCCCAGUUUUCUGAAGGUGCUUGAGAAAGUGAUUUGUCACUGUUCAUUGGUUAAGUUAAAGAUUCAAGAAGAAUCACAGAAAGAAAACAUUGUAGCAAGCUUUAAAGAUUGUAAUUGCAUGAUAAUACCCAGUAACCUGCUAGAUAAACACUUCCCUUGGGCUAUGAUAAACCUUGUUAUUGAAUAUGAAUAUGACAAGCAUGCAACUCUCGUAACAAUUUGUGAAACACAAAACAUUAAAUUAGUUUCACUCAAGAUUAAACUUAGUUCCUCUGGAACCAGUUCUCAACCAGAAGUAAACAUUCAGAAAACUCUUUCUAGAUGUAAGGAAUUGCAGCAAAUGACAAUACUGGGUUCAUCAAAACUAACAUCUUGUGGGGAUAUUCUUCCUUUGUUGGAAACAAGAUACAACCUUAUAGUGAUAGAACGAAACUACAGUAUGUUUGAUGGAACAUUAUAUUUUCCUGAUAUUGACAUAGAUGAGAAAGCCUGUAUUGUGCUACAUUCUCUGACAGAUAUGGCUGAUGGAAACAACUUAGAACCUUUUCUUAAGAAAAUUAUCUCCCUUAGUCUUAAAUACACAAAAUGUUGGAUUUUGUUGUUAAACUUGUCAAAAUCUGGGAAAAGUUUCCCUUAUGCUGGGAAAUGUGUCAGCAAUUUGUUUAAGCUGCAAGCAAGUCUUGGAAAUUAUGUCAGCAAACAUGAUUCAUUUGAAACAAAGGUUUUGACCUGUUGUAGUGCAGAAGAUAUAUGCUCAAAUAUCAGGAAAAUUUGUGACAUGGAGAGAAAAAACUCAGAAGUAUGGAACAAAGAGGAAUGGGCAGAUGGCAGUUGGCUGCAUGAAUAUUUUACAAAUGAAGAAAGGUUUCUGUUAUCUAUUCCUUGUCUGAACUCAAUAAGUUGCCAAGUUAUUCUGAAGAAAAUGACUUUGAAAGAAUUAAUGUCAUAUUCAAAAGACAAUCUGAUGAAAACUCUACCUAUGUUUCCACAGAGGAUAGCAGAAAUGUUAUAUUCCAUAAUACAUAGUAACCUGGGACUAAAUUCAGAACGUCAAAGUAAGACAAUACAGUCUACUCAAAAUCAAACACUAAACAGUUUUUCUGAGAAUGAUCAAAACAACAUCAUUACUAUUGACGAGGAUUCAGAUGACCAAUAUAUUGAUACUACAGAAUGUCAUUAUAAAGAGCCUGUGUCUGCCAAUAGCAAGUAUUUUGGAUAUCCAGAGAAUACAUUAAAACCACCAGUUAUAAGUGGUAUAAAAUACUCUGACCCAAAACAAAUUGGAAAGUCAAAAUCAAACAUACCAGUAGAUGUGAGAGAGCAUUCUGAUACAAAUAACCCUGGUAGGAAAAGGAAUCACAAUUCUUCUCAUUUACAACUGGAACAAGUUCUAAAGACUAAAAAUAGAAUGCAAUUUAAUGGUUCUAUAGAGGUAGAACCUAGUACAUAUGAAAUGUGUCAAAAUGGAUUUGAAAGUCAUCGAUUUAGAUUUCCUAGUGGAGAUCAGGAUACACAGGGUACAGAGGACUCUUUAUCACAGUCAUCAGUAAAAUUAAAUGAAUAUCAAAAGGCUGAAAUGGAAGGAAAUGAACAUUGGCUUAAAAGACUGGAAAUAGAGAAAGAUGAUUGUCCAGAUGAUAGUAAUUUGACAAAUAAUGGAAGUCAUCCUCAACUAUUUGUUGCUGAGCCUAUAAAUGACUGUAUUGACUUAACAUAUGCAAAAUCAAAUGCUCAAAGAACAGCUUCACCAGAAACCAUCGGACCUCAAUAUGGAAGACAAAAUGUUAAAGGGAGAAACAAAGUAAAGCAAACACAAAAUGACCAGUAUGGUAGAAGUAUUGUAUGUCCAUCCAUACAGCCUGUAACACCAAGUAGGAGAUGUGCUUUUAAAGACAUCAGCAAAGCUAGUAAUGAUGAGAAAAAUCCAAAUAUGUAUUCUCAAAGUGAUAUUCCUCAUUCUGCAUUAAGUCAGAAUAAAGGACAUAGAGAGAGUAGUCAAUCCUUUAAAUAUAACCAAAACAGACAAGUCAAUUCAGAAGAGAGGAUUUCUAUGACCGAUAAUUGUCAAGAUGAAAUUUCUGAAAAGAAUUCUGGAACAAGAAAUUUUACUGUUGAUCUCACAGAAACAACAAGAAAAAUUCUGAAACAAGCAUAUGAAUCUCCAAGAUUUGGUGUUUGUCCAACAAGACCUUUAUCACAGAGAAUCAGUGUUGGUUUAGCACAGCCGCAGAGAAGGGAAACAAAUACUAAUCCGCCAUAUGCAGAGGAAGAAAGAGGAUCCCAACAAUCUGACAGAAUUAUUCCAGUUUCUACACAAAGUAACCAGGAGAGUUUACAUGAAAGCAGCCACAGACCCAUUAAAUCAUUUAGUAAUCCAAACUUUUCACUAGUAAGACCAAAUAACCAGAAAAGAUGUAAAUCAGAGGAAAGGUUGCAAAGAGGUAUAGAUCAAGAAUUGGUUGAUGGUUCUUCAGUAGAUGUUUCCUAUAACAGUCUUGAGAUAGUCAGACCUAUGGAUACUAUGAGGAAUAAUAGUAACAAUAGAAUAGGACAGACAUCAAGAAGCUCCAGAGAAAUGGAAAAUCCAAGGUUUGAUCAACCUGUUGAAAUAUAUAAUCAACUGAAAAACAUGAAUAGCAACAGACAGACUCCACAAAAAUUAAAUCACUCUCUUGGACCUGUCAAAGUAGAUAAUCAAUGGAUAAACAUAAAUAACGGUAGAAAGACUCCACAAAAGUUUGAUCCCUCUCUGAGACUUGUCAAAGUUGAUAAUCAAGGGACGAACAUGAAUAACGGAAGAAGGACUCCACAAAAGUUUGAUCCCUCUCUGAGACCUGAAGUUGAUAAUCAAUGGACAGACACGAAAAGCGGUAGAAAGACUCCACAAAAGUUUGAUCGUUCUCUGGGACAUGUGGAAGUUGAAACUCAAUGGACAAACAUGAAUAAUGGUAGAAAGACUCCACAAAAGUUUGAUCAUUCUCUUAGACCCAUCGAAGUUGAAACUCAAUGGACAAACAUGAAUAAUGGUAGAAAGACUCCACAAAAGUUUGAUCGUUCUCUUAGACCCAUUGAAGUUGAAACUCAAUGGACAAACAUGAAUAACGGUAGAAAGACUCCACAAAAGUUUGAUCGUUCUCUGAGACCUGUCGAAGUUGAUGAUCAACUGAAAAUCAUAAAAAGCAUUAUGCAGACCCCAAAAGAGUUUGAUCGUUGUCUUAGACCUGUUGAAGUUGAUAAACAAUGGUCAAACAUGAACAAUGGUAGAAAGACUCCACAAAAGUUUGACCAUUCUGCUAGACAUGGUGAAGUGGAUAAUAUGAAUAGUGGCAGACAGAAUCCGAAGAAUUUUUAUCAUGAUGAUGAGUAUUGUGAAAACAACAAUCAUAUGCAUCAGUCUCCUUUAGAUAGAAGGACAAGAGAUAAUAUAUAUAGGACACCAAAUACACAACGAGAGUGGGAAAACUAUGACUCGCCACCAAUGGAUUUGGAAUAUCUAGAUGAUGUAUCAAAUGAAGACCAGGAAAAUUACAAUAAUGUUAGUUGUGAUCAAAGAAAAGUUAUGAGCAACAGGUUAAUUCUAACAAAUAAUGGAUCAACUCCAAAUAAAAAGAGGAAACUAGCUUAUGCCAAACAACAUGGAGUAAGAGGUGGACAAACCAAACUUAUCUUUAAAUAACAAUUUUUACAUAUAUUGUUGCAUAUUCAGAUUUCUAUAUCAUGUAUAUAUCUAUAUAAAUAACUGUUAGAUUCUUAAUAAGAGGUUAUUUGUUCUUUGUUGAUAUACUAUUAAAAUACAAAUUAUUUAUUUUGGUUGCACUAGUUAAAUUUUUUAUACAUUGCUUAUACAUAGUGGAAAUCUGUCUGAUACAGCUUUCUUUACCAGAAGACCUUAAUGCUUUACAUUUCAGAAGUUACUAUAAUGCAUUA